UUAUCAAAAGUGAAUUUUGUCUUAUUUUGGUCUUUUUAAAAUCUCAACUUUAUAAUAUCGGUGUAAUUGAUAAUAGAUAUACUACCUCUUUUCCCAUAAGCUCACAAUGUUUUAAUUAAGCGUUUGAUACGAAGAUUAAUGAUUUUGACCAACCAAAAAUUAGAGCCAAUCACACGGAAGAAGAAAUGAGUACGCUAGGCUUGACUGGUUCAUGUUCAAAACUGGGAUGAUCGUGACGAAUACACGGGUGCUCUUCCUAAUGGAAGUUUUUAAACUAUGAUGCCGCUGUCUUAUUGGACCGGGAAUACAUUUAAAAUGUAGGAGACUCUGUGGAAGUUAUAACAUUUGAUUUCUGACUAUUUUCCAGACAUAUUAUUAACUUUUUGGUAAUCUUUGUUGGAAUUGCCAAACUUUUUAUUCCAGACAUAAGUGACAACCCAGGGAAUAACCUAACUUUGUAUAAUACAACAUAGGAUUAUAAGCGCACGCGUGCGAUGCAAGUAUGGAGACGACUCCAGUAAAAGUUUUAAGAACUGGAUCGUUGAAGAGGAAGAGUAAAGUUGUGGAUAUCAGUCGCAGGGUGACACUAGAAAGAGUCCUAGGACUGACUGUUACCACCAAUGCAGCUUUGGCAGUAGACUCUAAAACAGGACUAAUAGCAUAUCCAGCAGGAUGUGUUGUUGUCCUGUUCAAUGCCAGGAAACACAAACAGAGCCACAUCUUCAACACUUGCAAGAAGACCAUCACUUGCCUGGCGUUUGCAGGAGAUGGCAAACAUUUGGCCACAGGGGAGAGUGGCCACCAGCCCCAUGUGCGGGUAUGGGACAUAGAGGAGAAGGUCCAAGUGGCCGAGUUCCAUGGACACAAGUUUGGCUUGCAAAGUGUGGUUUUCUCCCCCAACCUGAAGUAUCUUGUAUCAGUGGGAACUCAGCAUGACAUGAUCAUCAAUGUUUGGAAUUGGAGGACCAACACCAAAGUUGCUUCAAAUAAAGUCUCCAGCAAAGUGAAUGCUGUGGGUUUUUCAGAAGAUGGAAGCAUGUUUGUUACAGUGGGCAACAGACAUGUCAAGUUUUGGUAUUUAGAUGCUAGUAAAUCAAAGAUCAAAAAUGAAACAUUGCCCUUGUUGGGACGAUCUGCAAUAAUUGGCGACCAGAAGAACAAUUUCUUCUGUGGUGUGGCCAUGGGCUGUGGAGCUAUGGCAGGCAGCGUCUAUGCCAUCACACAGUCAGGGAGGCUGUGUGAGUUUAAUGCCAAAAGAUUGUUGGAUAAGUGGGUGGAACUCAGGACCACCAAAGCCAACUGUUUGUCAGCUGGAGCUGAUUACAUUUUCGUUGGUUGUGCUGAUGGCACAGUGCGCAUCUUCAGUGCACAGAGCCUCCAUUUUGUCUGCUCUAUGCCAAAGCCACAUUACCUAGGUGUAGAUGUCACUGCUGGGCAGGAUCCAAGUCACAUGGGGGUGAAACCAGACAAUGCCAGAUAUCCAGACUGCAUAGCUCUGGAAUAUGAUGAGAUGAAUAAAAAAGUGACAUGUAUAUACAGUGAUCACAGCCUGUACAUGUGGGAUGUCAGGGAUAUUAGGAAGAUUGGCAAGGCUUGGUCUGCCUUGUUCCACAGUUCCUGUAUAUGGGGUCUGGAGGUCUACCCAGUGUGUAAUAACCCAGCUCUUCCUCCGGGGUCGUUUAUGACCUGCUCCAGUGAUGACACUAUACGGGUCUGGAACAUUGACCCACACAUGACCAAUGAUACUUUGUAUAAGAGGAACAUUUACAGCCACGAACUCCUCAAAGUUCUCUAUGUGGACAAGAACCUGAGUUUUCUCUGUGACAAGGAGUACAACCCCACUGGAGGUGCUGACAAGACAGACACCACGUAUGAUGGGAAGAACGGGGUGCGUGCUGUGCGCGUGUCUCCUGAUGGCCAGCACUUAGCUUCAGGCGACAGAACUGGCAAUAUCAGAGUGCAUAAUCUACAGAAUCUUAAGGAGUUGUGUAUCAUUGAAGCCCAUGAUGGGGAGGUGCUAUGUCUGGAAUAUUCCACUCUUCCUGCAGGCCCCAGAUUACUGGCCUCAGCCAGCAGAGACCGCCUGAUCCAUGUAUUUGACACCAGGGACCAGUACAACCUUGUACAGACACUAGACGACCAUUCCUCCUCCAUCACUGCUGUGAAGUUUGCAGAGAAUGAUGGCCAGAUUAAGAUGCUGAGCUGUGCUGCAGACAAAUCUGUGCUGUUCAGGACUGCUACACAGGGUCCUGACCAUGAGCUCCAGUUUGUCUUGGACCACCACCUGGUGGGGAAAACCACCCUGUAUGACAUGGACGUGGAUCCUUGCAACAAGUUUGCCAUCACAGCAUGCCAGGACAGAAAUGUUAGAAUUUACAACAUCAAGACAGGAAAGAACAAAAAGUGCUACAAAGGUGCUACAGGAGAUGAUGGUACUUUGAUCAAGGUGCAGCUUGACCCCUCUGGUACCUACGCCUGCACCAGCUCCUCUGACAAAUCUCUGGCCAUCUUUGAUUUCUACACUGGAGAAUGCAUGGGCUCCAUGUUUGGUCACUCUGAAAUAGCCACUGGGGUCAGGUUUAUGAAUGACCUCAAGCAUAUCAUCACAGUGUCAGGAGAUGGGUGCAUUUUCAUCUGGAAAGUGAGUUCAGACUUGACACAGCAGAUGUAUCAAAGACUGAUAGAUCUGGGCCAGCUGACCACCAAAUACAUUCCUAAUGGAGACAACAGGAGCCCAGCUUCCCCUAGGGUUGAGAUUGAAAACAUCCCAGAGAGAGAUGAGGGUGACUUUGGCCCACCUCCCCCUGAGUUUCUCCACCCCAAUGUUAACAGUAAGACCAAUGGGAAUGGGGUAGACUACAGGUUCAGUGUGGGACAACUCCCUGCUUGGGCUAAGAAACAAAUGUCUGCUGAGCCAGUGACCUCAGAGACAGGCAGUCAGCUGCCCUCUCAGCCCAAGGGGAAAUGGGCCACCAGGGUGGAACCCCAGGGGAUUGCUGUCAAGUCUAUCCUGGACAAUAACAAUGCUAUUGAAGUCAACUGGGCAGAGAAUAGAAGGUUUACCUUUGAAGCAGACCAGUCUUCUAACAUUAGAAGGGAAACAAUUGUGUUACCCAAGGCAACAAGACCAAAUAGCAUUCCAAUCAUUGAAGAUGAUGAUAACAACCAGGAUGAUGAUGACGACGACUUCUUCCCCAUGUCAGCAAGGGAACAAGCAGAGAGGCUGGACAGGGAUGCUUCUGGUCUGCUACAGGGUGGUAGAGUUACAGAGAGGGGGAGGUCGUACCCCAGUAUAGACACUCUGGCCAGUACCCCCAGUGAGGAGGACGAGGACACAGAGACUGAGGAACAUGGAGAAGUCAUAUAUUACCCACAAGAUGGAGAGGAUAAUGCUGCAUCAGAAUCUAGUUCAUUCCAAGUUGUUGCAAUUUCCAAGGAGGAGUUGAAGGCAAGCAGACGACAAAUGAAGAUGCAGAAGAACAAGGAAUCUGAACCAGCAGCCAGUAUAUCUGAUUCCUUCUCUGACACACAUUCACACAGAGGCGAGCCAAACUCAGAAGAUGAGAUGGGAGAUGAUGAGAUGGACCUGAGUAGUCCCCAGUCUUCCUUCCCCAAUACCCCUGUGACCCCAGGAGCCAGGAUGUUGUUUGAUCAACUAGAACGGGAGAAAUUUUCUAGGACUUUUGAAGACAUGGAAGCCACUUUGGCAGGAGGAGGUGAACACAGUCUGGAUGGUAUGGACCAGUUAAAUGGAGGUCAGCUGAUGCAUCCUAGGCUGAGUAUAUCAGCAAGGUUCUUGUCCAGAGCUCAGCAGGAACAGCUCAGGAAUGUCAUAGGAAUGCAACCAGAGAGAGAUACUAAUGUGGUAUGUAUGGACAUUGAAAAGAAAAAGGAAUCCAUGGUGAAGUCAGCUGAUGAUCCAAGAAGAAGAUUACAAGAGCUCGGUUGGACGGGGCUUAUUUAUGUUCCGCCUGAUCCCAAUGAGCAACCAGAGAGGGAGAGAACUAACACUUCAUAUAGAACUAAAACUCAGCAGUCUCCUCCUUCAAGACUUGCUAAGGAAUCUCCUCAUAAUUCAGACACUCCUGAUGGUGGGAAAAGAACCAAGAAAAGAUCCAUGCUGAAUUUGGUCAAGGCCACCGCACAGGCAGAACAAGGCGUAGAAUCUCCUGCCUCGGAACCAGAAAAGGAACCAGUUACGCAACCAAUUAAGCAACCAGAUAAAGAGCGUUCCUCAAUGAGGAGGGCAUGGUCCUCCACAGAUGUAUCCCGUCAGCCACUCGAAAUAGCAGGGAUGGGUGGUCGUCAGCAGCGCAAUUUACCCCCAACUCCUGAUACCCAGACACAGUCACUCCGUGCUUAUGGUAAAAAUUCCAAACUACGCCCCAGUGCUAUCAGCAGAGCUCAGUCUCGGGCCGUAUGGAAGCAACUAAUACUAACUGCCUUAAAAACACGGGAGCAGGAUAAACCUUCUAGGGAUAAGGGGAAUAUUGCUAAACUGGAGAAAUCUCUGGGGAAGAUACCAAGCCCUGCCUCUCCCACAAAAGAAUUUCCAGGCUCCAGAUUUAGUGACUCAGUACCCUCUAGGAGUAGAUCUGAGGCCAACCUGCUGGCUUCAGGCAGGGACUUACAGCCAGUGAACACUACUCCAAAGCGUAUGACCAGGAGGCAACAUUCGUACAGGGACGCCACAGCCAGUUCUUCAGCUAAGAUGUCACGUGCUAGCUCUUCUCAGGGUUUAAAUGCUGGUAAAGUAGAAGGAGAAGCCGAUGGUGAUGCCAGUAAUUUAUCCAAGGCCAUGUCCAUGCAUACACUCAGUAAUGUGCCAAGUGGCACUGUUCCAGGUGCAGGUGGGGUACAAAAGAGGACCUAUUCUAGGCGGCGCUCAGACAGGUUGAGUAGGACGCGUUCCAUGGACCUGACCUCAUCCUCACCUAACUUGUUAUCUCAGAUUUCGGUGGAGGAACACAAAAGCCCUGCUAGCUCAGAAAGUGACCACACAAAAACUGAGUCUCAGCAGCAGUCAACAUCAAGGGUUAGCAAUAAGGGUAGCAGAGCUCCAAAACAGUCAUCGGAUAAAAGUGAAAGUACUCUUACCAAGGACACUCUGAAAGGUAGCCGUGAUAGUUUAGCAUCAAUAUCAUCUCUUCCUGAUGAUGACAAAUCUGAAAAAGUGUCUGUGCAUUCUGGAAAUGUGUUGUCCAAGGAUGAGGUAGAUAGACUUGCUAUGCCACCACCCCCAGCUGCAGUUGCAGUAUCAAAGUCAAAACCCACAGAUACUUUCUUAAAGAGGGCAGCACAGUCCAAACGCCGAUCCAAUGCAGAUUUAAGCCUCAAUCAAGCGAAAGAUAUAUUAUUAGGAAAAUCUGGUAUUCUUUCAAAGACAACUUCAAUGGACACUGGACUUAACAUGGCAGGAAAAGUAAUGCAAAAUACUGGGGAAAUUGAUAUUGAUUCUAAAUCUUCUGAAGAUGAAAAGCAUGGUAAUUCUAAAAGAGAUGUGUCAAGCAAGAAAGACAUUUCAUCUGUUUUCAAUGGUGAGGAUAAAACAGAUACUAUUAGAGCAGCAAAGGGAGAUAUUAUACUGCAGGCUAAAACAUCUGGAUUAGCACCAACAAACUCUGAGGAUGUAGUGCCAAAGAGAAGAACACGGACACCCCGCCGACAAAGGCCAAAAUCAGAAAUCUUCUCACGCUCUAACUUCAGUACUACAGUAGAGAGGCCUGCUUCUGCUCUAGGUAACAGGGAAGGGGGAGAGCCCAUACCUGCACAAGAAAAUAAGGAAAAUAUUGAGGCUACUUCAGGCUCAGAGGGGGUCAAGUCCUUGCUGAAGAAGUUCAGUAAAUCCCGUGAGGGAUUGGAUAAAUUAACAUUUGAAACAUCCCCAGGGACUCCAAGGUCGCGAAGGUCAUCUAUAAGCAAAUCCAGAGAGGAUUUGAGAUUAUCUUUAUCCUCAAACCAGCUCUCAUAUAGUUCUCCUUCCUUGAAUUCUGGGAAACUUUCUGUAAAACAGGAUGAUGAGAACAAAACUUCAGAUACAGAUAGCAGUGUUGCUGAGAUCACCAGGGCAUCUCCCAGAACUAUGCAGACAGAUCACUUGGCUUCCCCUCGAGGCAGGCAAGAUUCUGUGAGGUCUAAGGGAUCAGGAGACUUGGACUCCUCUAGUGACAGUUUGCCCUCUUACUCAAUGAAAAGGAGACUUCCUAGUGGCUUCAGUCCAGCUCGAAGCAGCUCGCCCAAAGUUGACGACCAAGGAGGAGCGCGUCCUAGAGCCUCUAGAGUGACAUCACCAUUAGUGAUGACUGAGACAGAAAAAGAUCCAUUGGUUGUGUGUGCCGAAGCAGUUACAGAUCUGAAGAAGUCAAUACAGAGAGUUACAGAUAUGUAUCAAAAGGUUUCUAGGCGAUCUUCAGAUGAAACUUCCAGAAAGAUGAGAGAAAUGCUGUCCGAAGCGUUCAAAGAAAUCCAGGCAUCCCUCUCAUCAAGCCUGUCAUCACCACAACAGACUCCAAGGAGAGAGUCUCCUAGAACCACCACCAGAGGGCAGUUAGGGUCCCCACAGACAGUGCCACACAAUGGCCAGAAUGUUUCCCCAUCCCCACCACCACCAGCACAGCCAAUUCAACAACAGCAAACAACAACCGUGCCCUCAAAACAACAGAAUCUGGCCAGCAGCCAGAGAAAUUUUACCCCAACAGAACAGAAGCAAGGAGGUAUGCCUUCUCCUUUUGGAGAAAACGGGAUGGAUGAGGCCACCUAUAAAAUGCUGUUUAAUUCAUUUAUGCAGCACAUGCAACAGAACAUGCCAGCAAUGAACACUAGAGGGCAGCAGGGGCCAGGAGGCUCUGGUUAAACAUUGCAACACUGGCAGGCCUGUAUAGAGAUUACAGUCUUGAGCUUCCAUGCAACUACCCAUUCCAGCAAUAUGCAGUUUUUUUAAAAUAUAUUUAUUGGUUUAAAUAACUUUUCAGAAAAAACAAAAACAUGAAGGCAAUAGUAAUUUAAGUGGCCAGUCCAGUUUCAUUUGUUUCACUGGCAUAAUCUUGUUCCAUUGUUUUUCUAUGGGUUUGGAAAGAAUAGAUUUGAUACUGUUAUUUGUCAUGUAGAUAUGAACAUAUGUCAUGUAUCGAUAAAUGUCUACCUAGUAUGUUCACUUGCAUAUAUACACUCAGCUGAAUAUAAUAUAAGACAUGUAGAUGUUGAUCAGCUAUAGCUUAUAUUCAUGUAGUUUUUCAUUGUAAAUAUUUCACUAAUUAUCAUGGGGUUAAAUAGGUAGGUAUUUAAGAAUAGGUCAUGAGAAAAAAUAGUGAGACUGUUUUAUAUUUAUAAAUUGUUGUCAUCAUUGUUUAUGAAAGGUGAAGUACCUCAAAUCAAUCACCUUAAGUUUGAGAAAAAAAAAAGGGUGCACCCAUGUUUGGCUCUAUGAAAUAUGGUUGUCACAGAAAAGAGCACAACAUUCACUUGUUUCCAAGUUUAAGGACCUUUAAGGACCAAGAGGUGAAAUCAGUAUUACAGAUUUACAAUCUUAAAGUAAGACCAAUGUGAAAUAUUUUUUGUCUUGAGGAUCAUUUUGGUGGAUAUUUUAUACAGAUGGGUAAAAGUAUAUCGUUUUUUUUUUUAUUUUAUUUUUUUGUAAUAUUUCACCUUCUGCUUAAUGAAGUAGAUGAUUGAAAAAAA